AUGGCGGCCGAACUAUACAAUGGCACCAUUUCAGACAGAACACACCCUCUGAAAAUCUUCGAUGCGGCCAAGAGCCAAGACAGAUUUCUCUAUGUCUCAGCCCCUAUGCUUGCCUUCCGUCAAACCGUUCAUGAGUACGGAACUGACAUCUGCUGGACGCCAAUGAUCUUGUCCAAGGAGUUCAAUCGCAACAACUUCGCCCGUGACAGCGGUGUGUUUUCCAUUUCCCCAUCACGGCCCCCUCCCCUCGCACAACCCGCUGACCAAGGCACUGCAAGAUCUCACGAUAUCAACACCCCGCUCGAACUUGCCCGCUCGUCAUCCCUGGCCGCCCCCUAUGUCAACGGUGUCGACCUUAACUGCGGCUGCCCCCAAUCCUGGGCCUGCGCCGAGACCCUUGGCGCCGCACUCAUGGAGAAGCGUGAGCUCGUUCGCGACAUGGUCGUCGAGACCCGCCAGCGCCUGGCUAGCGACGGCUGGCACGUCGGCAAGGAGCGCGACGUGGACAGUCCCAAGGGGAGGAGCAUCAGUGUCAAGAUCCGCGUCCAUAAAGACUUGAGGAGAACGAUGGACUUCAUCGACACUGUCGUCGGCAACCCCCAAGACCGCAACAUUGACUUCUUGACCAUCCACCCCCGUACCCGUCACACGGCGUCCAGCAUCCCCAUCAACACCGAAUCCCUCGGCAUCCUCCUCGAAAAGUACGGUGACACCCUUCCGAUCCUCCUCUCGGGCGACGUCUUCUCCAUGGCGACCCUACCCCUAUCGACCGUCUCCAAAGGACCCGCUGAACGAACCCCGGAGCCCACGACGAUCGACGGCCACAACGGCUACGCCGACUUCACCCCCAGCGGCACCGAGCUCGCGGGCCUCAUGUCUGCCCGCGGUAUCCUCGCCAAUCCGGCCCUCUACGCCGGCUACGAGUCUUGCCCCUGGGAGGCUGUCGAGUCCUUUAUACGCCACGUCGUGCGCGCCCCUAUCCCCGUCAAGCUGGUGCAGCACCACCUUCACGAGAUGUGCGGGCCGGGCAUGGGCCCGGACAAGCGCGCGCUGCUCAACAGACAAGAGAGGGCGGCGCUCCUCGCACUCGACAGUAUGUUGGACGUCAUAGAUUUCAUGGACGAUGCAAUCAACCGCAAGACGGGCAGGACAGAUGGGCUCCGUCGCGAGCCCGUAGGUAGCUCAACAGUUCCCGUGCCGUGA